GCAAAAGAGACAUCGAGGCUCCGCCCACCACUCUCAUGCUGAGGGUGCACGAAAAAGGCUUGCGACAAUGUGAGACGACACCGAAUGUGCAGCUUUCAUGAAUCUGAUUUCAAACAGCGCUGUGAAACCGGACCACUGCCCGCACAGCUCGGUUAACGGAGGAAAAAACGGACACUAGCCUGCCUUCUAAAACAAUGAAGACAAACAUAUUUCCUAGGCCCUCCGGCUGUCCUCUCUGCUGUGUCCUGGCUUCUGACUGCUGAUUGGAGCUGGCCUGGUGUGCUUAUAGGUGUGUGAGAGAUUUUAAGGAGAUGAAGUCCAGUAUGCGUCAGUGGCGGAGGCUGCUGUUGGUGGGCAUGUUGGCAUGGGCCCUCCUCUUCCUGGCUCUGCUCUCCUACUUCCUGGAUACCCCUGUGCACAACGAGCCCCUGACCUCCGCCAGCUCCUCGCUCUCCCAGCACCCCGACACACGGCGCCUGGCCUCCAUCCAAGGCGCCUCCCACCAGCAGCACCGCUCCAUCAUGGGCUCCCAGCCCGAACCCACCUACAACACCUUUACCACAGAAUAUCCCGACCAAGACCCUAACCAUUACCCAGACUCCGAGCCUAGCUCCUCCUCCACCACUCCUGAGCCUGGCCUGGAGCUGAGCUACGGGACCAGCCAAGAGACUGAGGGGGGCAGCCGCCAGCAGCAGGACUACCUGGACGCCCAGACCCUGGCUGCCUGGUCCUCCUCUAGCACGGAGAACGUGGGUUCCCACUCCGACCAGACAGUAACUCGAAACAGUGAGAGAACUGCCUGGACGGCUGGCCGGGGGCCCAACCGAACCACACGCCGGUCCUCACGUGAGGAUGAAGAGGAUGAGGAGGGGGUAGAGACGAACAAAAGCCACAAGAGGUGGAUCAUGGUGGGGGAUCAUGGGGGUGAGAGGCGAGGAAAAGAAGAGGAGGGUUUAGAGGCAGACUACUCCUCCAAGUCUGCCUCACUGAUGCAGCGACUCUGGCGGGGAAAAGUGUCCUCUGGGAUGCUGUCCCCGCGACUGCAGCGCGCCAAGCGGGACUACCUGAGUGCCAACAAGCACCAUGUAUCCUAUAAAGGAGGCCGGCGAGCUGCUCAGAGCUCCAGGGAACUACUGUGUGAGCUGAAAGACCAGGCCCGGCUGAGGACGCUGGACGGGUCUGAGCAGCCUUUCUCUUCACUGGGCUGGGCCCGCUUGGUACCGCGCCUGGCCCUGGAGCAGCUCUACAGACAAGGGGGCCAGAGAGGCUUUAGGAGCUGUGCUGUGGUGACCUCUGCUGGGGCUAUUUUGCACUCAGGCCUGGGGAAGGAGAUCGAUUCCCAUGAUGCAGUUCUGCGGUUCAACACAGCACCUACAGAGGGCUAUGAGAGGGACGUGGGGAACAAGACCACCAUCCGCAUCAUUAACUCGCAGAUCCUGGCCAAUCCUGAUCACCGCUUCAACACCAGCUCCCUGUAUAAGAACGUGACUCUGGUGGCCUGGGACCCUGCUCCAUAUGCUGUCAACCUACACAAGUGGUAUGCCAGUCCAGACUAUAACCUGUUCAGUCCAUACGUGGAGCACCGGAGGCUCCACCCCACCCAGCCCUUCUACGUCCUACACCCGAAAUAUGUGUGGCAUCUCUGGGACGUGAUCCAGGGCAACACCCAGGAGACCAUCCAGCCCAACCCACCCUCCUCUGGGUUUAUAGGCAUCCUCCUGAUGAUGGCGCUGUGCGAAGAGGUCCAUGUGUACGAGUACAUCCCCUCGCUGCGGCAGACAGACCUGUGCCACUACCACGAGCGCUACUACGACGCUGCAUGCACCCUGGGGGCGUACCACCCGCUGCUCUAUGAGAAGAGUCUGGUGCAGCGCAUCAACACAGGCCCUGUGAGAGACCUGAAGAGGAAGGGCCGUGUCACCCUCCCCGGCUUCAACACCGUCAACUGUGAACUCUGAACUAGGAAGCCACACAUGGAACCACCAUGACUCCACGCGUCUAAGGGAAAACGGUGCAAUAAGAACCCUCUGGACUCUGACCUUAGGGGGAAUCCAGAGGCAACCAUGUAGAACCACGUAGAACAGUGGAGAACCUAAGCCAUAGCCCCUCUGUGUGGGAUGGGAUCAAACUGAAGGGUACAACUCUAGUAAAACUACAUAAAUCAGGAUUUAUCAACAGAACCCACAUCGGUCAAAACCUUGCCUUCCUCAGAGGCAGGGUUGGGUAGGUUACUUUCUAAAUGUAAUCAACUACAGUUACUAGUUACCUGUCCAAAAUUGUAAUUGGUAAUGUAAUUUUUGGAUUACCCAAACUCCGUAACGUAAUCU